CACCAUGGUCUUGUAGCGGAUGCGAGCUUCAACUGGAAGCCAGUGGAGAAAGCGGAGGAGCGGGGUGGCGUGAGAGAACUUGGGAAGGUUGAACACCAGAUUUAGUAUUUUGAUCGUCGACAAGGUUUAUUUGAGCUAUGGUCAGCAGCAUUUUAAAUUGCCAUAGUAAUGACUGAUGCCAGUGCGUCACUGGCAAGAAUCAGCUAAUUGUCUGUGGUAUUGAGUUUUCGCGCAGAGAGUGAAUCGAAGAGAGUGAGGUUAGGUGCGGACAACGAAGGUGGCAACAACAAGAGGUAAUUAAAAUAUGAACUGUAUAGCACCAGGCUGUAGGAAUUUGCUCCAAAGAAAUCCCUCGGUAAGCUACCAUCGGCUGCCCAAGGACCCACAACUUUUGAAGAAGUGGCUCCAUGUCCUGAAGAGGAAGGACGUGUCAGCUCGAGCUAGCAGGAUCGGCUGCCAGCACUUCGCGGUGGAAGACUUCGCGAUGAAGUGCACUUUCGAUGCGGCAGCUGGGAGUUUCCGAAUGGAAAGGAGUCAUAGGCCUAUGUUGAAGCUCUCUGCUUCCCCUUCAUUUUAAAUUUGGAAGGUUAUGGUGUAGGGGUUACCAACCAACCAUCAUCAACAUCGUUGACUUCGGUUUCGGAGUCAAGCAAAAGCCGAACUAAAAAAAGGAAGCGACGCGUGUCAAUGGAGCCUGAGGAUGACAUCUUCAUCCCUGAAAAUGUUUUCAUCCUGGAGGAGACUGUACAGGAGGAGGCACGAGCAAAUCCAUGUUAUUUCUAAGGCUAUUGUUUAUUUCAAGACACAGAAAGAACGGUUAGUACCGCAUGCCAAACUGACCCCAGGGUGCCAGAGUGUUCCUGUGCUGCAGUGGAGGAGAGGUCCACCGGGACCAUCACUAAGGAGCUCGGGGCCCAGCUAGAUUGCGCUCACGACCAUCAGUAUACAACCGAGGCCUGCCCCUAUACACCCCAGAUGGAGCUGACGGAGAGUGAGAUCAAUGAAGACCAGAACUCGCUGUAUGAACCUGAGAGCUCAGAAUCACAGUGCGAGCCAAAAUAUACUAUCGAAGAGUGUGUGCAAGAUCUGAAAUACAUACUUUUUUAUAGCAAGCUGAAGGAGUUGUUCAAUGUCUGCCAUGAGCCAGGAUGUCAAGCUGGUGUCAUCAGUUCAUCCCCGAAAAUAAAUAGUUUUGCCAUCACCAUGGAGACAGAGUGUGUCGUGGGCCACAGGAGGAAGUGGGAAUCCCAGACCAGAGUGGUAAAGUUGUUUGCAGGGAAUCUGUUGUUGUCAUCAGCGGUCUUCCUUACUGGCGGCUCCCACUCCACUUUUGCGGAAACAUGUCACCACCUCAGCCUGGUGUCCAUGUUGCUGCGACAGUUCGCAAACCAACAGCGCAUCUACAUUGUGCCAGAGGAUAACUACAUGUGGACACAGCACACGGAGGCCAAUCUGGCUACAAUUGUUGAUAGUCCAUGUAUCAUAUCUGGAGACACAUGGUGUGAUUCGCCAGGCCAUUGUGCCUCCUUUGGCACUUACACCAUCCUGGACUCUGCUUCCCACCUGAUCCUCGCACAGGAGACUGUGCAUGUGACCGAAGUGAAGAGCAGCUACUGGUUGGAGACGGAGGGAUUAGAGAGAUGCCUGCAACACAUUGAGAGAAUGGUGUGAAAGACCCACGAGUUGACCGUGCCAUUGGGUUGUGCAAGAAGGUGGACAGCACCUUUUCUUUCAGCUGGAAGAAGAGGAGAGACUUGUCUGUAGCACAGGCUGAGCUCAGUCUACCCACUCACCAGCUCAUCACAAAGUCCCCAACCAGGUGGGGGUCAAGACAAAAGAUGAUAGAACGAAUCCUGGAACAAGAAAAGGCAAUAGCCCGGGUCCUGGGCUCAGAGAAGAAAAGCAGGCACCUGGUGCCCAACUCAGGAUAUCGAAGUGUUGGAGUCAGUGAGCAAUGCCAAAGGCCCACUACAGGAAUUCACUGACGCUCUGUCUGGGGAGAACUACGUUAGCAUCUCCUACCUCAAGCCUGUGAUAAACCUGUUCAACAGCAGCCUCCUGCAGCCAGAGGAAGGUGAGGGCACGCUCACAAAAAAAAUAAAAAGUGCCACACUACAGUAUCUCAACAACAAGUACGAAGAUCCUGCCACAGUUGAACUUGAAAUGGCCUCGCUGGUGGAUCCCCGGUUCAGGACAAUAUAUAUAGCAGAUGACAAGAUUGAGAGCAUCAAACAAAGAGCUGUUAUUGGAGCUGAAGCUCUGCUAGCUGAGGAAAGCACAUGUCGCCCUGGUCACAACUGUGCGCCAAGAAGAAGUAAACCUAAACCUGUGUCUAAGAAAGACAAGAAAACACUUGCAAGCUUCUUCAAGAAGACAGUGCUGUCUGGCCCACAGACCCAGACAAAGACCCACUUGAGUGGUGGAGGCUCCACGAGGCCAACUUCCCAAGACUUAGUAAUAUUGCUAAAAAAGUACCUGUGCAUUCCUGCUACAAGUGCCGCUUCGAAUAGGGUCUUUAGCACAGGUGGGAACAUUGUGACAUGUCACAGGGCAUGCCUCAAGCCAGAGUCAGUAGACAGGCUUGUGUCCUCGCCAGCAACUUGUGAAGAACAAAGUAAAGGAAGAUAUUUUGUUUGACAGAAUGUUUAUAAUUUGGUUUAUUAUUGUGCAAAUUCUUCUUCUUCUUCUUUUUCAUUCUUAAUUUUUUAUUUGAUUUCCAUACAAUGAUGACAGCCUGGCAAGUUUUGCACAAAUAGGCCUUGGGGCCAGGUAUAUUUUUUACUUUAAUAAAGAAA